AUGUCGCAUACGUACGAUGCCGGCACCAAGGCCUGGCAGCCAGAUACCACCGAGGGCUGGGUGGCCUCCGAGGUCACCAGCAAGACGGUCGAUGGGGACAAGGUGAAGCUUGUCUUCACCUUGGAGAAUGGCGAGGUACGCCUUUUGACGUGCAGCCUGAGACUGCACGAUGCUGAUCGGAACAGGAGAAAACGAUCGAAACGACCCUGGAAGAGCUGGGCAAAGAUGCCAUGAACUCGACCUUACCGCCUUUAAUGAACCCAGCAAUGCUCGAAGCCUCCGACGAUCUCACCAACCUAUCUCACCUAAACGAGCCUGCCGUAUUGCAGGCCAUCAAGUUACGCUAUGCUCAAAAGGAGAUAUACACCUACUCCGGCAUCGUCCUCAUCGCUACCAACCCCUUUGCGCGGGUCGAUUCUCUUUACGUGCCUGGAAUGGUUCAAGUAUAUGCUGGCAAGCAGCGAGCAUCACAGGCACCUCACUUGUUCGCCAUCGCUGAGGAGUCUUUCGCGGACAUGUUGCGGAACGAGAAGAACCAGACGAUUGUCGUCUCCGGAGAGUCAGGAGCUGGAAAGACUGUCAGCGCGAAGUACAUUAUGAGAUACUUCGCUACGAGAGAACCACCCGAUCAGCCAGGUGCUCGUAGCCGUGGCCGGACAGACACCAUGAGCGAGACUGAAGAGCAAAUUCUUGCCACGAAUCCCAUCAUGGAAGCCUUCGGUAACGCAAAGACCACCCGCAACGACAACUCCUCGCGUUUCGGAAAGUACAUCGAAAUCAUGUUCAACAAGCAGACAGACAUCAUCGGCGCCCGAAUACGAACGUACCUCCUCGAGCGGUCAAGGUUGGUAUUUCAGCCGCUUAAGGAGCGGAACUACCACAUCUUCUACCAGCUUGUGGCCGGCGCAAGCGAUGCAGAGCGGGAAGAGCUCGGUCUUAUCCCAGUAGAACACUUCGACUACCUCAACCAAGGUGGCUCCCCGCACAUUGAUGGCGUCGACGAUGCAAAGGACUUCGCAGACACACGUACCUCGCUUACUAGGCUUGGCGUGGCUCCCGAGGUACAGAGCAAUCUGUGGAAGAUACUGGCUGCGCUGCUGCACAUUGGCAAUAUUAAGAUUACUGCCACCAGAACAGAAUCGCAGCUGGCGGACGCGGAGCCUUCUCUUGCGAAAGCUUGCGAGCUCCUGGGUAUUGACGCGACGGAGUUUGCCAAGUGGACUGUCAAGAAGCAGCUCAUUACUCGCGGCGAGAAGAUCAUGUCGAACCUGACUGCGCAGCAAGCUACUGUGGUGAGGGACUCCGUUGCAAAGUACAUCUACUCCUCGCUCUUCGACUGGCUGGUGGAGACCAUGAACGCGUUUCUUGCCCCUCAAAAGGUCCUCGAGCAGGUGAGCUCCUUUAUUGGAGUCCUCGAUAUCUAUGGUUUCGAGCACUUCGCCAAGAACAGCUUUGAACAGUUCUGCAUCAACUACGCCAACGAAAAGCUGCAGCAAGAGUUCAACCAGCACGUGUUCAAGCUCGAGCAAGAAGAAUAUCUUCGAGAAGAGAUUGACUGGAAGUUCAUUGACUUCAGCGACAACCAGCCCUGCAUCGACUUGAUCGAGGGCAAGCUGGGCAUCCUUGCACUUUUGGAUGAAGAAAGCAGGUUGCCAAUGGGGUCUGACGAAAGUUUUGUGACGAAGCUUCACCACAACUUCUCGCAAGACAAGCACAAGUUUUACAAGAAACCACGAUUCGGCAAGAGCGCAUUCACGGUCUGCCAUUACGCCAUUGAUGUGACAUACGAAAGCGACGGGUUCAUUGAGAAGAACAGAGAUACGGUGCCGGACGAACACCUCGAAGUACUGAAGAACAGCUCAAAUCCCUUCCUCACUGAAGUGCUGGAAUCCAGCGCUGUGGUGCGAGAUCGUGACAAUGCAGCUGUCAAUCUCAAAGCUGCCAAUGGUGCACCGGGAAAGAGAAUGGGCGCGGCUGGAGCCAAGAAGCCGACUUUGGGUGGCAUCUUCAAGAGUUCCCUGAUCCAGUUGAUGGAUACGAUAAACUCCACAGAAGUGCAUUACAUCCGAUGUAUCAAGCCCAAUGAAGCCAAAGAAGCCUGGAAAUUCGAAGGACCGAUGGUUCUCAGUCAACUGAGAGCUUGUGGUGUCCUGGAAACAGUGCGAAUAAGCUGUGCGGGCUACCCAACGAGGUGGACAUACGAAGAGUUUGCACUUCGCUACUACAUGCUGAUUAAUUCCUCCCAAUGGACCACGGAGAUCAGACAAAUGGCAAACGCCAUCUUGAAGAAGGCCCUGGGCGAAAGUCAGCACGACAGGGCAGACAAAUACCAGCUCGGUCUGACCAAGAUCUUCUUCCGAGCCGGUAUGCUUGCUUUCCUGGAGAAUUUGCGAGCAAACCGUCUAAGUGAUGCGGCUAUCAUGAUCCAGAAGAACCUGCGUGCGAAAUACCACCGUCGCCGAUACUUGGAGGCGAUUGACAGCAUUCGUACUUUUCAGGCCCGAGCACGAGCAAUCAUGGCACGGAAACAGGCAGACGAGGCGCGCCGUCAACGGAGUGCUACAACCAUUCAGCGCGUAUGGAGAGGGCAGAAGGAGCGGAAGAAGUUCUUACAGCUCCGAAACAAUCUCAUCCGCUUUGAAGCGGCGGCCAAGAGCUGGCUGUGCCGAAAGAUGAUCCUGGACAAGAAGUUUUCCGACGCUGCACGCGUUAUUCAGAGGAACUGGAGAAGUCACAGACAGCUCAAGGGCUGGAGAGAUUAUCGCCGAAAAGUCACGCUCGUACAAAGCUUGUGGCGUGGUAAGAGCGCCAGAAAGACAUACAAGAAGCUCAGAGAGGAGGCGAGAGAUCUUAAGCAGAUCUCGUACAAGCUGGAAAACAAGGUCGUCGAACUCACACAGAAUUUGGGUACGAUGCGACAAGAAAAUAAGCAGCUCAAGGGUCAGGUCUCGAACUACGAAAGCCAGCUCAAGAGCUCACGAGAAAGGUACAACGCCUUGGAAGCCAGGACCAACGAGUUGCAAAGAGAAGCCAACCAGGCCGGUAUCACUUCUGCCAAGUUGGAGCAGAUGGAAGCAGACAUGUCACGCUUGCAGUCCAGCUACGACGAGAGCACUGCAAGCAUGCGUCGCCUGCAAGAAGAAGAAAAGAAUCUGCGGGAAAGCUUGCGGGUCACAUCGCAGGAGCUGGAGACAUCGAGGCAAGCCAAGACCGCCAGCGAGUCCGAGAAGCUUAGCCUCCGGCAACAGCUUGCAGAUCUUCAAGAUCAAUUGGAAUUGGCCAAGCGAGCAGCACCUGUCACAAAUGGAGAGCUUCCAAAUGGCGGUGCGGGUGGCGGACAACCCUCAGGCCUCAUCAACUUGGUGGCAUCGAAGAAGCCGAAGAGAAGAAGCGCUGGUCCCGAGCCAAUCCAGACCGAGAGAUUCAGCGGCACUUUCAAUCCGAGGCCUGUAUCGAUGGCCUUUGGUGCGACGGCUGGUGGGCACACGCAAAACCUAUCUGGCUCCACGUUUAAUCCUGGGCUGGAGAACGUGGAGAUGGAGUUGGAGAACCUGCUUGCAGACGAGGAGGGUCUCAAUGACGAGGUCACGAUGGGCUUGAUCCGAAAUCUGAAGAUUCCCGCGCCUGGUUCGAACCCACCCCCGACUGACAAGGAAGUUUUGUUCCCGGCUUACCUCAUCAACCUGGUGACCAGUGAAAUGUGGAACAACGGUUUCGUGAAAGAAUCAGAACGCUUCCUCGCCAAUGUCAUGCAGUCGAUCCAGCAAGAGGUCAUGCAGCAUGACGGCGACGAAGCCGUAAACCCAGGUGCUUUCUGGCUGUCGAACGUCCAUGAGAUGCUGUCGUUCGUUUUCUUGGCCGAAGACUGGUACGAAGCCCAGAAGACAGACAACUUCGAGUACGAUCGCCUGCUAGAAAUUGUGAAGCACGAUCUGGAGAGCUUGGAGUUCAACAUCUACCACACUUGGAUGAAGGUGCUCAAGAAGAAGCUUCACAAGAUGAUCGUACCUGCUAUCAUCGAGUCACAGUCGCUACCAGGCUUCGUCACAAACGAGAACAACCGUUUCCUUGGCAAGCUGCUGCAAUCUUCCAACCAACCAGCGUACAGCAUGGACAACCUUUUGAGCUUGCUCAACAAUGUCUUCAAGGCAAUGAAGGCAUUCUACCUCGAGGACAGCAUAAUCACACAGACCGUGACCGAGCUGCUUCGAUUGGUUGGUGUCACCGCCUUUAACGACCUCCUCAUGAGGAGAAACUUCUUGUCCUGGAAGCGUGGUCUUCAAAUUAACUACAAUAUCACCCGGAUUGAGGAGUGGUGUAAGAGCCAUGACAUGCCUGAGGGCACUUUGCAGCUGGAGCACUUGAUGCAAGCCACGAAGCUUCUGCAGUUGAAGAAGGCGACACUCAACGACAUCGAGAUUAUCCAGGAUAUUUGCUGGAUGUAAGUUUUACUUCUUUCUCAUUCAUUCGCAGGUACUGAUGUUUCUCCAGGCUCUCGCCAAAUCAAAUUCAGAAGUUGUUGAACCAAUACCUCGUUGCCGACUACGAACAACCCAUCAAUGGCGAAAUCAUGAAGGCAGUCGCCUCCCGUGUCACAGAUCCCAAAUCGGACGUUCUGCUGCUACAAGCAGUCGACAUGGAAGACUCUGGACCAUAUGAGAUCGCAGAGCCUCGGGUAAUUACUGCAUUGGAGACUUACACACCCAGUUGGCUCCAGACACCUCGACUAAAGCGCUUGGCCGAGAUUGUCUCUGCGCAAGCCGUGAUGCAACAACAGCUGGAUGCUAACGGCAUCCACAAGGUGGAAGAAGAGGGCUUGGACGUCAUGGAAGGCCAGUGGCCCGUACCGAAUGGCAACGGCAUGAACGGCCAUGCCGUGGGCCUGGGCGUGCAACAUGAUGGAGGCGAUGAUGGAGAGUAUUCGCCGAGGGGAUAG